AUGGAUCUAGUAGCAAGCUUAUAUCCAUGUGUGCUGAAUAUGAUACCCCCAGGGGUUUCCGAAAUACAGGUGAAACGUUUUGUACACGAUAUUGCGGAAGCUAUCUCCUCCGGAUCUAAGGAACAAACAUCGCGAAUAUUGGAAUUUUACAAAUCAGAGAUGGUACGCUCACCUAAAAAUGAUUCAUUUUGGUCUAAAUUGGAAGCCUUUAUCCAGGUACUAGAGACUUUUAGCAGCAAGGAGCAAAUUGAAAAAUAUCUUUCGGUAUUAAAUUAUUUGCCUAAGGAUGUAACACCUUUUAAGAAACGAAACUCUGCAUACCUGACGACUGAUACUUUACAGCACCAUAAUAUGUUAGUAUCACCAUCUGCAGCUCCAAGUCUGUAUGCCGAAUCUUUUGAGAAUGUUGAAAAAUACUCAGAUCGGCGAUCAGCGAUAACGUCGUUAUAUGGUGGUGGUAUGCAAAAAAAUGCUGGUAAUACUACCCCAUUGGCUCACCUUUCAGAUCCUUAUUAUAGUAACAUGAUAUCUGAGGCAGAAGUUUUGAAAUACAUUUCUUAUACUUUACUUGCUACAACAUCUAGCUUAUUUCCUGUGAACAAUCAAACCAUUACAAUACCAUGCAAUGCGCCAAAUGGCGAAAGUGGAGUGUUCCAUUCUAUAUUCGAGGCUGCUCUAUUGUAUCAAUACUUAAGCAAUCGGGUUGAGAAGUUGAAAUCAUCGAUGCUGUCGCCCUUAAAAGUAAACUUCUUAAGCGUGGUGUCGCAGAAGUUACGCGAAUACUGUAGAGUUGUUAACGGGCUUACCAACACUAUUGGGAAUGAAACGGCAAAGUCAAUAUAUACAAAGAUCUACACCCAAAUACUCAUAUUACGGUUUUACUAUAGGUAUUUACAGAAAUUUGAAGGAUUUAGGGGUGACCAAUUGAUAUCAGAAUUUGAUUUGUUGCGGAAGCAUGGCGAUCCACUUGUAAAGGAACUUGCUAGUGAAGUUUUUUCAAGGUUAAUUGAUCUUUACAUGGAGUAUUUAGUAUACUGGGUAGUUAGUGGGCAGUUGAAAUGUGCCAAAGAUGAGUUUUUUGUUACUCGCGAAACUACUUCGAACAAAAAUUCCUUGAAAUUCAAGAUCUUGAAAGAUAGGAUUCCCAGCUUUAUUCACCCCUCUGUUGCAAAACAAAUAUACACGGUCGGAGUAAGUUACAUAUAUUUGGAAGAAUAUAUCAAAGAUAUUGAGUGGGCUAGUGAAUUCUCGAAGAAAUAUAACGCAAAGUUUUCAGUUAUUCCCAGGUACUCGAUUUCUAACGCAUUUUUUGAGUUGAUUAAUGAGCAAUUCCUAGAAAUUACAGCGUAUCUAAAUGAUGUUCUUCGAAAUCGCCUGUACUACCGCGAAACAAUUACUAUACUAAAGGAUAUUUUACUUAUGGGAAGAGGAGACUUUAUUAAUAGCAUAAUAAAAAAUACCUGUUAUUUUCUAGAUGAACCAGUUGAGCAGCUUCAAAGUUACCAGUUAACCAAAUGUCUCCAAGAUUCCGUGUCUAGAUCGUCGUUAAGAAAUUACUUGAACAAAAGUGAUAAUAAUGCCUUGAUAAAUAAAUUGGAUGCGCGUUUGCUGGAAUCAGGGCAUGGUUCAAUUGGAUGGGAUGUAUUUACAUUAGAUUAUCUGAUCGACCCACCCUUAGGUGUUGUUUUGGGUUCCAACAGCACGGGAAGUAAAACCGAGUAUCUUCGUAUCUUCAACUUCUUGUGGAAAAUGAAGAAAAACAGCUUCUUUUUUGACGAGGAAUGGUUGAAUAACAUAGCAUUGAUGAGAGAUUUCAGGAGAAUUCGCAGAAAGUCUCCCUUAGUCAGAGAUAUAAUGAGGAAGAUGUCAAUGAUUAAUGCGCUUAAGAAGCAAGUUGAAUAUUUUAAUUUAAAGCUACAGACAUACUGUUUUACAAAUAUCAUAGAAUCCAGGUACAGAGAAUUCCAAAAAAAACUAUCGAUGAAGGAGAAUAAUUCACAGGAGAACUUCAACAUAAUAUCCCUAAAGAAUGGUUCGAAGGUAAUAGAUGGCAUACUGAGGCCAAGACUGGAUUUCUUAUCAAAACUAAAGCGCCCAUUGGCGCCCUUGUCAAACUCUGAUCUGAAGCAGUAUAAUAUUGAUGAGUUAGCCGCAUUGCAUGAUGAAUACCUAGGCAGUAUAUUAGAACAUAAGCUAUUGGAUGCCCAGAACAACAAACCUGUGGGUAAGUUUACAAAUCAGUACUUUCCAGUGACAAUCAUCACUCUAUUAGAUCAGAUGUAUGAUGUCGUACUAACCUAUGGGUCCCUUAAUAGAAUCGUUCACGAGAUUCUAAUACAGCUUAAUUUAGAUACCCACGAUAACUUAAACGACAUAUUAUCAAGGUUCAACUUAGCAAAAAACAAUCUAGUCAAACAAUUUCAGACUUUCCAAAAUCACUCAUACUCCCUAAUCAAGGAUUUGAGACUAGAUGGUAACGAAGAUAUGGCCAAGCUGAGUAGGAUCUUAAGGUAA